CUCCCCAACAGUUAUAGUCCAUAUUUAGAGAUCAUCGCAUGGGUUGUCGCCCGUAAAUAUUCGGGCUUGCCUAGUUUGUCAUCCCUGUGCAGUUAUAAAUAUUUAAAAUGUUCUUUAAGAUAUGUGUAUUAUUGUUCAUAUAUUUUGAAACAUGUAAGUCAUGCGAAACUGGGCAAACAAAACAAGGAUGUUUAAUAAGGAACCUAAUGUGCGCCUGUGGAUAUGGUUGUGCAUCCGAUUACAGAUACGAUACUUAUCAGGAAUGCCAAAGCGCACUAAAAGGUAAAAAGAAAGACAUUUGUAAAACUAGCAACCCAUGUCUGCACAACGGUACUUGUAUACAGAUUUCUCAGCAACCUGGUUAUAAAUGCAGGUGUGAAGGGACUGGUUACUUUGGUUUACGUUGUAGCAAAGCGUGUCCUGUCCCUGGUGGUGGAAGAAUAGGUUCUGCCGUAUUUCCAUACGAAUGCAUAGUGAUAUGAAGCUGGACCGCCGAUCCCAUUUCAUUUACAAAUUUUAUCUCGUUCAUUAAGUUUAUAAAUAAAACGAUUAAUUUAAUAGUA